AUGGCGCCGAAGCGAGCAGUACGUAACAUGCCUGCCCACGACAAGUGCAUGCUGACGGCAUGCAAGGCCCAGUUCCAAGCUGCAGUUGCGACGUACAGGGUCAUGAAGAGCACGCUGCGUAAGCGGAAGGAGCACCUUGGUGGUCGGUCGUCAGCGUCCGAGACGAAGCUGACCAUGGCUAUGAAGAAGCACAUCGGCACGCGUGUGCCGCCGACGAAGAUGACGCACGCGUCGACGCAGACGACGCCCACGAAGCUGGGCGUUCUGCCGAAGCUCACCACUGCUUUCGAGAGCCUCGAUGGCGUCUGGUGUCGUUUGACCUUGCCCAAUGUCUACAUUGGCUACACGGCGCGCGACGAGCAGCCCACCAUGGCGAAGAUUUCAAACGGCUACUGA